GCUGGCCCAAGCUGCCUCCUGUGCCGAAAAGCUCUGCCUAAUCAAAGGGAGAGCGGAGCACGGGGUUGGUUGCUUUUCGUUUCCUAAACCCCAGGGUGGCCCCCAGCCAAGGCCUCCUGGCGAUGGAGGGGAUAAAGUUCCCUGAGCCUCGGCAGCCUCCGCGCUCCCGGUGCGCUGAACUUUGCCUCUAAGUUUGCUUGGCUGCAUCCGCGCCUGAUGCUUUAGACCCCGCUCAGCGAGGCCACGCUUCUCCUGGGACCCCCAUCGGGCCAAGCCUCUGGUGCCCUGCCAGGAGGUCGCUGGGUGGAAGAAGCCUAAAGAGGGAGGAAGGAGACAGCCAUGGCAGCCAACAGCUCCGGUGGGAUGCAGGAUGCUCCUCUGGACAGCACCGAUGACCUCGCUUCUGACUGGUACAUCUAUGAAACCAUGGAGCCAGCCGUGCCACAGGAUGACAUGUUUCCCAGUGUAAUUCCAGACUGUGACCCCACCAUUUCUCCCAGACUGUAUCACAUCUGCAUGGCGCCCAUCUCCCUGGCCGUGCUCCUGGGCUUGUCCUUGCUGGUGAAGCGCAGGCGUCUCCACCGGAGCUGCUGGAAUGGUGUCCCAGGACUGCUCAGCCCAGCCAACUUCCUGGAGGAGGAAGGCAACCGCGGGCUGGUGGCUGCAGUGUUCGGCAUCCUCUUCUCCUCCCUGUGCGUGCUGGUCUUGGACACGGACCCUCUGCCGCUCAUCACCCACUCCUCCCAGAGCACCCGGGAGUAUUGGAAGAUCCUGGCUUUGCUCUACUACCCUGCCUUCUACUACCCCCUGAUGGCCUGUGCCACCGUCCGGCACAGGGCCAGCUACCUCAUGGGCUGCCUGCUCUCCUGGUGCCACUGCGUGGUCCACAUCUGGCAGAAGGUGGAUUGUCCCCAGUCACCAAAGAUAUACAGGUACUACUCCACACUCUCUUACAUCCCCAUCAUCCUCUGCCUUGUGCUCUUAAGCCUUUGGUACCCAGCCCUGCUCAUCAAGAGCUUCACCGGGCAGGAGGAGACCUUGGAUAAGGAGGUGCCAGGGAGAGGUUAUUACAAGAAGUACCUGAAGGCUGUCCUGUCCAAACGCCCCCAGAAGGGGAGCUCUGCAAAGCUCGAGGAGAGCCUCCUGUCCAGGGUGCAGACGUACUUAGGCUCCUACAUCUAUGCUCCUGAGGAAGGUUUCCGGAUCCCACUGAAGCUCGUCCUGUCCAUGACCACAGCCAUGAUCGCUGUCUACCAGGUCGCCCUCCUGCUCCUGGUGGCCGUCAUCCCCACCAUCCAGAUCAUCCGGGCAGGAAUGACGAAGGACAUCGUGGUGCUGUUGGUCCAGUUUGGCUUGGUGCCCUCGGAGAGCCCCGCUGCCCCUGGUGACAUGGAGAAGGAGCUCAGGACCGUCAAGUACUACCUGUGGUCACUGGAAGUGUGCUACAUCUGCUCGCUGGUGCUGUGCUGCCUGCUGACCUGCGCCAUGCUCCUGAGGACGCUGGUGAUGCACAGGAGCAACCUGAAGGCUCUGUACCAAGGAGCGGUGCUGGAUGUCUUCUACAAAGCCCAUAUCCUCCGCCCAUCCCGACAAGCCAUCGUCUGCUGGAUGAGCUUUGCCAGCUUCCAGACAGCUUUUGCCUGCCUGGGUCUCCUCAUCCAGCAAGUGAUCUUCUUCAUCUGCUCAGUGGGGUUCACCUUCCUCUUCGUCAUCCCGCUCCAGUCGGGCACUGACAGUUACCUCUUCAGGAUCAUUCAGAACAUGUGGCCCUUCUGGUUGACCCUGGUGGUUGCCGUCAUUGCGCAGAACCUGGCAGCUCAGUACCAGUUCCUGGAGCAGCAUCCCCUCCGGAAGGAGCUCACCAACAGGCGAGCUCUGUACAUCGCCACCUACCUGCUCUUCCCCAUCAACGUGCUGGUGGGCGUCCUGGCUGGGCUCUGGAGGAUGCUCAUAUCCGGCCUUUAUAACUCCAUCCACUUCUGCCAGCUGGACAUCAGCCUGCUGAACCGGGGCGUGGAGACCUUCGACCCAGGCUACCACACUUACUGCCACUAUCUGAAGAUUGAGGUCAGCCAGUCCCACCCGGUGAUGAAAGCCUUCUGCUUGCUGCUUCUCCAGCUGGCCAGACCUGAGGGGCCACCAGGGCUCCAGGCAAGCAACGUGGAAGAAGGCAUCCAGCUGAUGCAGCACAAGCAGGCGGCUCCGAGCAGAGCCCGGUUCAAGCAGAGCCGAGCCCGCUGGUGGUUGGCUUACACCCUCCUCAACAACCCCGCGCUGACUGCCUGCAGGAAAACCGCCCUCUGCGACCCCACGGCCAACGGCACCCAGCUCAGCACCCCCCAGCCCUGACCUCCAGGGACCCCCCCACCUCUCUCUGCCUCCCACACGCACUCCAUCCCAUCCCCGUCUCCCACUGACUCUCCUCCUGUGCUGGAGGGAGCUUUGGGCACCUCCUGCCCCUCCCCAGCAGUGAUGGGGGCUGGUUUGUAGCUUUAGGUCCAUGCUGAGCCACUACCAUGGUGCAGAGGUGAGGACAAACGGGUCACCUCCAAGCCUGACCUGGAUGGAGAAGGGCUGAGGAGCCAAGCUGAACCCUUCAGCCAUCUCAAGCGUCUUAGGAGUCACUCCUGCAAUGAGCCCACCAGUUCUCAACAGUUCUCUUUCUGACAUAUGGCACGGCUGGGACCAGUCCCCAGCACCAGGGGAGAAAGGAGAGAGGGAGAAUGGGUGUGCAUGGGUGUGUGGAAGGGUCCUCAUCCAGACUGAGCAUGAGGAACUACCCCCAUCUCAGUGUGGUGUUCCCAUGGAGAAGGUCCCUACUGCCAACCCCAUCCCCAGCUUCUCCCUUUCAUUUCUGAUCCUGGCUCCCCUUACUUGACCCUGGAACCCCUUUCCCCCCAGUUUUGUGAGGGCUAAAACCCCAUCCCCUCCGGGCUGUGAGGUUGCAGACCCAGUUGGGUUCUGCUCCCCAUAACUCGUGACCUGGUGCCUCUUGCUGCCACCCCUUGUUUUGUUCCAAGCCAGCAGUUCCCCGGGGCUGGUGCCCCUCCAAGUGAGCUGAGCUUGAACCCAUAGAAAGCAGUUUUACACCUCACUUGGCCCUGCUGAGGCCAGGAAGGUUAAUAAAUCACAUACCUCAUUCCUA